AUGGACGUCUCUGCAACAGAAAGGCUUGGAAUUCCUCCAGUCUGGGUUCUCCUGCUCUGCCUCCUAUGUGCUACAGUCGCCAUCGUCCGCCUAUCUUCAUGGCCACAAAGCGGGACUCGGACGCCUAGCCAUAGGAGUGAACCGCCAGUUCUUCCACAUUGGAUACCAUAUCUGCAACAUCUUCCUUACUUUCUCUGGAAUCCAGGAGCCUUGUAUAAAGCUGGGAAAAGGACGUUUCCAAACACGCCUUUUACUUUGGUCCUGAAUGGGACGAAAUUCCACGUCUUCGACUCGCCAGACACUGUCAAGCGUGUGUUCAGUGAAUCGAGAAAGUUGUCCUUUGCGCCUGUCAUUGCCAGUAUGAUGGAAAAUGGUAUGAGCCUCCCGAUUCCGGACCGACCUAAGUUCUUGUCCAAAGACGCAUCUCCAGGAGAGCCCAAGUUCGUCACGGAGAACCAUAAUAUUUGGGUCCAGAACCUGUCGGGAAAAGCUUUAGAUGAUAUCAUGACGAUUUACAUGAAGAAUUUCCGGGCUGUGCUCGCUGAGCAAGUAGCAAUGCACUCGACCGAUGUGAUCAGAGUCAAUUUGUUUCAAUUUAUGCGGAGGUUGAUCUUCGAGACUUCAGCUCUGACAUUCUUCGGUCCCCGUCUCAGAGACAUAUGGCCCAGUAUGUGGGAAGACUGGAGGCGGUAUGAUGAUGCAACAUACAUUGGCAUACGGUCCAAUCUGGCAUACUACUUACAGCCUGGAGCGCAUGCUGCGAAGGAGAAGAUGCUUAAGUCUUUUGAGAAAUGGAUUGAAACUGCUGGCGAAGAGGAUUGGAGCGAUACGGACGGAGUCUGGUGCGAAAGAUGGGGCUUCAAAAUGAAUUGGCAGAGGGACAAGCUUGCUAGUAAGAGAGGAUUCACAUCUCGGGGGAGGGCCUGUCUGCAGGCUAGCUUUCUAUUUGUUAUCGUGACGAAUGCCGCGCCGAUGGCAAGCUGGUUCAUGUGGUGCGCAGCUGGCACGCCAGAACGAUUGGCAUUAUACCGGGCUGCGGCAACCCAAGCGAAAGGAACAAAGUCCGGUGACAUCGAUGAUGGGUUCCCCAACUUGGACAUGGCUGCAGUAAGACAAAGCCCCUACAUCCAUGGUCUCUGGCUUGAAGCGCUGCGUUUAGGAACUGCGAGUGCCGCCGCUCGGGUCGUGAUGCAGGAAGACAUGGAAUUAGAAGGUUUCCUGGUACAGCGCGGCAGCGUUGUGUUGAUACCUGUGCAGCUCAUGCACUUGAAGGAGGAAGUUUUCCAAGAUGCUAACCAUGUCCGACCUGAGAGAUGGAUGAGAAGCGACCAAGACCAGCUUAAGCGCAUGAAUGACCACAUGCGACCCUUUGGUGGAGGCACGUCUAUAUGCUCUGGCAGACACGUUGCUGAAAGCGAGGUCACUGGCGUGGUAACAAGUCUGCUUUUAAUGUUUGACGUCACGUUCGAGAUGGGCCUGAAGGAAUGGGAGUUCAAUCCACGAAGUUUAGGUGUUAUGGCACCAAAGAAUGAUCCAGUUGUGAACUUGCAACGUAAACGAGAUGCUUGUGGAGUAUGA